CUGUUGGUCUUGGACCGAACGCAUUGGAGAACUAACAUUCUUACAGGAUUACUGAUCCCUUAUAUCUUCUUUAGUCUUCCUUCAUUAAUUUUCAACAUAUUCAGGGGAGAAAUAGGAAGAUGGAUUGCAUUCAUUGCUGUUGUGCUUCGCCUUUUCUUCCCUAGUCGUUUUCCAGAUUGGCUGGAAAUGCCAGGUGCUUUGAUUCUUCUGCUAGUGGUGGCUCCCAGUUUAUUUGCAAGCACCUUAAGGGGCAGCUGGAUUGGUGUGGCGAUAUGUCUUGUCAUCGCUUGUUAUUUGCUGCAAGAACACAUCCGAGCAUCUGGUGGGUUCAGAAAUUCCUUCACAAGAGCCAAUGGCAUAUCAAACUCGGUUGGCAUUAUCAUUUUAUUGGUCUAUCCAGCAUGGGCAUUGAUAACUGACUUUAUAUAGACACUCUCUCAACCACCUCUGCAUUGUUUUGAAGUCUGCAAAUGUCAUGAAUUGCCUUCUUUUACCAUUAUUUUUGUUAUGUUUACAAAUUCAUUGUCAUUGCUAUGUUCUGUAAAAAUGUGGAAAGGGAACCUUGUUUGAAACUUUCAAUCAUUCAUGUAUUAUAAGUACUUCUGGGUUCU